AUGGCAGCGAAAGGACACAAAAACCUUGUUUGGGGGUGUUGCUCGAUUGGUCUGCAGGACCAAAACUAUAUGCAAUGUACAGAAUGCACCAAAGUUUAUCAUCUUGAAUGUUUGUCAUUAUCAAGCAAUCAAGACGAUCCCGCCACGUCUAAUUGGCUGUGCCGUCAAUGCCGUGGAACGGAAAAAAUAGGUAAUAAUGAUAACACCCCGGUUCGUUACAACCCGAAUAUAACUGUAAGGCCGGGAAGGAAGCAAGCUUUAAACUCCCCACCAAAUGCUUCAGAUGAAAGACCAAUAACAAGGUAUGAGAUGCAAGAAAUUAUCAAAGACGUAGUGACUCAAUUCCAAAAGGCAAUGCGCACCAAUAUAUCAGACAUCGUAGGUACUGAACUAAAAUGUUUGAAGGAGGAAAUUGUGGAUAUGAAAGAGUCUAUGAAUUUCAUGAAUACGAAAUAUGAAUCUAUCACAAAGGAGCAUGCAGAGGCCAAUGAAAAAAUUAAACGCCUAGAGACAAAAAUCGGUGCACUGCAGUCUAAGGUUGAUAACUUGUAUAAUGGAGUUAAUCAAAUGGAACAAAACGCUAGAAUGUGUGCCGCAGAGGAAAGAUGA